CGCCCCAGCCCGAGGGGCCGUGCGCCGGCGCGGCCAUGGCGGCGGAGAGCGGCACGGCGGCCGAGGCCCUCGUGGGGCAGGUGGUGCUGCCCGGGGACCUGCUGCUGCUCCCCGCGCACUACGACGAGGACGCGGAGGGCGAGCGGCUUCGGCUGAGCGCGGGCACCGCGCCGCAAGGGCGGCUGCUGUGCGGGCCGGGGCUGCGGCGCAGCGGGGCCGGGCUGCUGGUGACCAAGUGCGGGCUGCUGCGGCACCGGCCCGGGGGCGGCGGCGCCUACUGGGUGGACUCGCAGCAGAAGCGGUACGUGCCGGUGAAGGGCGACCACGUCAUAGGGAUCGUGAUGGCCAAAGCGGGGGACGUGUUCAGGCUGGACGUGGGCGGCAGCGAGCCGGCGUCCCUGUCCUACCUGGCCUUCGAAGGCGCCACGAAGAGGAACAGGCCGAACGUGCAGGUGGGAGAUCUUAUUUAUGGUCAGUUUGUUGUAGCAAAUAAAGACAUGGAACCAGAGAUGGUCUGUAUAGACAGCAGUGGAAAAUCAAGUGGCAUGGGAAUAAUCGGACAAGAUGGCUUCCUCUUUAAAGUUUCCUUGGGUCUAAUAAGAAAGCUUUUGGCUCCCAAAUGUGAAAUAAUUCAAGAGUUGUCACAAUUAUACCCAUUUGAGCUGGUGCUGGGAAUGAAUGGAAGAAUAUGGGUAAAGGCAAAAACAGUUCAACAGACUUUAAUUAUAGUAAAUAUUUUGGAAGCCUGUGAGUAUAUGACUGCAGAACAGAGAAAACAAGCGCUUGCCAAACUGUCAGGGAACUGAUAAGAGAAAACCUUGAGGAUUUGUGAUGACUGUAGUGUGUUUUUGUUAUUUUUGUAUUCAGAUUUAUAUUAAAAGAUUUUUCUUAAAUGAA